AUGGAGGAGUGCCUGGCACAAGCAGUCUUGAGCACUCACUCAGAAAUUACAUUUGAGUGCAGUAACAAAGACAUGUGCAUGCAAUCUUGCUGCUGCGUGCUCGAUACCGACACGAUUGAGGCAUUCACACUGGAAAAGUUCAAGACACUGAUGGUGUCAUGCAUGAAGGAAGAAAAGGAUUUUGUUAUUGCAAUGGUGACUACAAAUGAUCCAUCCACUGGCCAUGUCUUCCAUAGCUACUAUUCUGCAAUAUACCUGAACAAUCUUCUUUUUUGCGUGGAGGGCGGAUAUCUAAUGAGCAGGAUGGGCGUCAAGAAUCCAGUAAACAACCUGAGGAUUACAGAAAAGGUCUUGUACUAUAAGAUAUUACAUAAGGAGCUGCUGUGCAUAUGGAGAAAGCAUUGCUCAAUGCAUGGCAGUGGCGGCUCAGCUGCACACGACCACGAAUGCUUGAGCAUCAAAGCACAAUAUUUUGCAUCUAGUGAAGACUUUCUGUUUGACUCAUCAGUAAGGCAAUACUUCGCUUCGAAUUCCGAUGGAAAUGAAUGCUUCACAUACGGAUUCAACUCCACAGGAGACUCAAUAACAAUUGUUGACGACCAGCUUGAGAGCUAUUAUGAUGACAAGUUUAGCCUGAAGAUUAUUCUAUACACCAACAUGGGCACAAUCCUUGCAAUAUUCACAAUAUGCAUGCUUGUUGGAAGCAAAGAGGUCCUGAUGACCGUGCUUGCCCCACUCCUGCUGACUAUGUUCUUCUCAGUUAUCUUUCUUGUGCUGUAUGUUAUACUCUUUGAAGCGCCAGAGUGUCUUGAGUCAAUCAUGAAUCUCGGGAAGCAUUGUCUUUCUGAAUAG